CGAAUUUCGUAUAGAAAGAAAAGGAACCACUUCUAUUCUCUUUUCUUAAGUAUAAGAGGGAUAAGUACUUAUUCCUGGCCGGCGGUAUCAUUGCUGCUCCCCGCCUAAUGCGGAUCAUUGUGCAAUGCUUAUGUGAAAUCUCAAUCCAAAACUUAUUCGUUUCGUUGGAAAAACCAACGCCGAUCUAAAACUAAGUCUUCCUUUCAAAAGUGAGCGAGCAGAGCUGAAAAAGAUGGAGUUACCUGGAGAUGAGAUUUCUUUCUACGGAUAUGAAGGAUAGAAAUGUGCUAUUUGCUGCUAUUACAACGAAUCAACCAAUUCGUAGUAAGUGUUCCCGUCUUCCCGAUCUACAUGAUUUUUUCCCAACCAACAUCUCUCAGAACUUUGCUAUAACGCCAAACUUGGAUAUAACGCCAACGCCUGAGCGAAUUGCCGGCGUCACAAUAGUUUUACAAAUAGAAGAGUAUUUGGUCCAAAAUGAGUCCGAACAGGGAGCAGUCAAUUUAGCUAGAACAAUAUUGGGAGCCCGCCACCGAAAUGGCGAAACUUGGCAGGGCAUAUUAGAGGAUAUUCGGGCGGGUGGUGGUAUGGAUAAUUUUAUCCAGAAUCUGCCUGGUGCCUACCCGGAAACCCCAUUGGAUCAAUUUGCCAUUAUCCCAAUAAUUGAUCUUCAUGUGGGCAACUUUUAUUUAUCAUUUACAAAUGAAGUCUUGUAUAUGCUGCUCACUGUCGUUUUGGUCGUUUUUCUUUUUUUUGUUGUUACGAAAAAGGGAGGUGGAAAGUCAGUGCCAAAUGCAUGGCAAUCCUUGGUCGAGCUUAUUUAUGAUUUCGUGCUGAACCUGGUAAAAGAACAAAUAGGUGGUCUUUCCGGAAAUGUGAAACAAAAGUUUUUCCCUCGCGUCUCGGUCACUUUUACUUUUUCGUUAUUUCGUAAUCCCCAGGGUAUGAUACCCUUUAGCUUCACAGUGACAAGUCAUUUUCUCAUUACUUUGGCUCUUUCAUUUUCCAUUUUUAUAGGCAUUACGAUCGUUGGAUUUCAAAGACAUGGGCUUCAUUUUUUUAGCUUCUUAUUACCUGCGGGAGUCCCACUGCCGUUAGCACCUUUCUUAGUACUCCUUGAGCUAAUCUCUUAUUGUUUUCGUGCAUUAAGCUUAGGAAUACGUUUAUUUGCUAAUAUGAUGGCCGGUCAUAGUUUAGUAAAGAUUUUAAGUGGGUUUGCUUGGACUAUGCUAUUUCUGAAUAAUAUUUUCUAUUUCAUAGGAGAUCUUGGUCCCCUAUUUAUAGUUCUAGCAUUAACCGGUCUGGAAUUAGGUGUAGCUAUAUCACAAGAUCAUGUUUCUACGAUCUCAAUUUGUAUUUACUUGAAUGAUGCUACAAAUCUCCAUCAAAAUGAGUCAUUUAAUAAUUGAAUAAAAACGAGGAGCCGAAGAUUCUAGGGGGCUACAGCUGCGCUUUUGCAGCACUGAACAUGGUUCCGGGUACUCAAGAUAUUGCGUUUGUGUUUGGAGAGGUGUAGAUUGUAGAUUCCAGCCGAGAAGACCAGGAAAAGAUAAGGAUAAAGAAUGUCAUAUAUCUCAGGAGCUAGAUCACUUCCCGAUGAACAAGUAAGAAUUGCCUCAACAAAAAUGGAUGGAAUUGGACCGAAAAAAGCCAUUCAGCUUCGUUAUCGAUUAGGUAUCAGUGGGAACAUCAAGAUGAAUGAGUUAACUAAGUAUCAGAUCGACCAAAUUGAACAAAUGAUAGCUCAAGAUCAUGUUGUUCAUUGGGAAUUGAAGAGGGGAGAACGAGCAGACAUCGAAUGAUUAAUUUCUAUUUCUCGUUAUCGUGGAAUUCGUCAUCAAGAUGGAUCGCCCUUACGCGGUCAACGAACUCAUACUAAUGCAAGGACUGCUCGCAAGCAAAUUCGGAAAUGAAAGAAGGCUACCGAAAGAACAAGCAACGGAUUUCGCGCUCAUCCCUUGCUAAAGCGCAUACGUUUUCUUGCUCCUUGGUACUUGUCUGAUCAAUCACACUGUUCAUUAGUUCACUUGAUUUUUCGUUCGAUGUCUUGAACCGCUUACUAAUCAUGUAUACAUAUAGUAGGCCCCCUUCGCCACUCCACGUCUGGCCCGUCUUGGUCUCGCUCACUUCGCCCGCCUAUCGUAUCGGCUCGGCUUCGUCCAUCAAGCGACAGCUUCUGCCUCUGACGGCUUCACUAUCGCUCAUGACUGGUAGUACUCUAUGUAGUAGUCGGCCUUUGUUAAGCUUCGCCAGAAGCGACUAGUCGCUUCCCGAAUGCCUCUUUCUUGUACUAAUUAAUGUGUAUGGUCUAGUCUUUCCAAUGCCUCCUUCCUUGCCGCCAACGCACGCUAGAUGGAGAGUAAGCAAGCUACCUUGCUUGCAUUGCAUUCGUUAAACGGUAGCUUCCGCGCCCUUCCUGCCUGCUUCAAUUGAUGUGACUGAUCGUGUCUUCGACAUCAAUUUCAGUCUGAUUAGAUAUGUCAUUGAAACAAAUCUGUUUUGUCUCUGUUUUCUUUUCGGAUGAUGAGGAUGAGCCAGCCGAUCCUAACAUAAUUUUGGAGGAGCCGGACGACGAAGCCUCAAAAUCAGAUAAAGAUGUCUCCGACGCGACCGAACUUCCACUAGAUUUUUAUAGGGGUCAGGAGGGAAAAGAUAUGCUGUUUUCUAUCAGUCCCAAGCGGAUACUCCCCAGCUUCCAUGGUCCGCUUACCGAGGAAGAGAUGCGGGAGGACCCAGGGCCAGAGCAAGUUGGGUUGGGGUAUAGAGCCGUAAGCGCGGUGGGGGUGACAGAGGAUGUGCUCGUACGGUUCAUAGUUGGGUAUGAUAUUCUCGUGGAUUGUUGGGAACGUCCUCUAUAUUCGAAAUAUGCCUUUCUAGGAGCAUUACGAUCUGCAGCUCAAAUGGUCCCUUAUGAAGUCUCUAUUGGUCUUAUUCUUAUUGUGCGCCUUGUGAGCACGUUUGGAUCCGCGAAGGCAAUCGCUCGGAUCUUCCCCUAACCCAACCCGGGAACGGACCGGAGGGAACCGCAGCAUGAGGAAUGUCCGCGUCUCGUCGCAAGUCUCAUUUUGAGUUUUGGGUCAUAGGGCGGGCAGUGCAGUCCGGGGCACAAGGGUCCUGGUACUACCCAGGUGCGAAGAACCCCGGAGGCGACUGCAAUGAGCAAAAAUGUCACUCACCGGCCUAAACGACGACCAAACACUCGAACGUGAGAGCAAGGGAUCACCCAACGAAUGGACGAGCUCCAAGGAGGGAGGAGAGAGGGAGGCAAGAACCAUGCUUUCAGAGAAGUGGCAGUCCGAAUCCACUCUGACAAAAUAAAAUAACAGACUAAGCCGUGCCGUAAGGGGGGCAUUCUCCACACGGGACGGGGCCAAGGCCUUCAUGUAUGGGUGACAGAUCGGCCAUAGGAGUACUCCGGGAUAUACACCAGGGCAACUAAUGUCGAGCAUACGAUGAUGCCGCCCGUUUUCAUUUCGUGAAAGUCCCCGGCAGAGGAAAGGGCUGUAGGUGAUGGCGCGUUCUGCUUCUUAGGGCGAUGAAAUCGUUCCUAUGGGAUCGUGCGUGGCAGCUGGUAUAGAUGAUGAUGAAAGGCGGGCCGCUUGAACCGGGACCUAUUCUCAUAAUAGGCAGCAAGCAAAGCUAAAUAGGAAAGGGGGCGACUGAUGACUGCCUUUUUCGUCAGAAAUCAAAAAGGGUGGAAUGUGGAGCUAAUAUGGCUGGCUACAAGUAUAGCCAAAGAAAGAUGAGACGAGACGGACUGUCAGAGGACGCAGCGGGACUACCAGGGGAAAGCCCGCCCCCGCUAGCUAACAUAGAUAUCUAUUCUCGGUGCGCAUAUUCGAGAUUUAGAAUCUCUUUCCGACCAGGCCAGGCCGAAUCGGGCCACCACUUGGGAUGGGAAUGGCUCAGCCCACAUGCACCAUUUGAUGAAAGCACUCCAGUCCAGUCGCCUCCGAUCAGUGGCUUGUCAACCACCAGACCGUAGCUCCUCACCAAAUGCCCCUGCGUUGGGGCAACACAGCACAUGACUAGUUCGCUCAAGGACCACACCCUCUCGAGAGCAGGAUGCAGGCCGAGAUGGAGCGCCAACCUAGACUUUCCUUGGGCUUGCCUUGCCCCAACAUCUAAAUAAAGGGCGGGCGCCGAAAAGGAAGCAGUGACACCUUUUCGACGAAAGCUUAGCUUGGUAGGCGCAGCUUACUCACCCUACUCCCUUAGACAAUGCAAUGCUCUGAACACGAAAGUUUGCAGUUCAGCCCUCUUCUCCCAUGCAGAGUCGCAGGCAGCGCCUCGGAUAAAAGCACGGACGAGCCACAUGCAGGGAAACUUGCACGUGUGGUUCUGGCCGGGGACCCCGGUAUACUGUACUAAUAUGUGUAGGUCCCUGUAAUUCGAGUGAGAUUGUCAUGGCACAAAAGCAGAUAUGGUCCGGUAUUCCCUUGUUCCCCGUAUUGGUUAUGUUCCUUAUUCCUCGUCUAGCAGAAACUAAUCGAGCUCCGUCUGAUCUCCCAGAAGCGGAAGCUGAAUUAGUUGUAGGCUAUAAUGUAGAAUAUGCGCGGGAUGCGAUCCUUAAUAGUUCACUGUUGGCGGAAGCCAAUGUCUCGGGGACUCAUUCUGACUUAAACAAGGGGUGGGUCUUUACCAACUUCCAAAUCCAAGAUUUAGG